GCAACUCCUUUAUGCUUACCGUUUUACAUUUUAGAUUUUGAUAUGUUGUAUUUUAAAUUAUAUUUACAUCCUUUAAUUAGUGUUUUACGCUGUUAUAUGCAAUAAAGAAAACAUUUACUGUAUGUCAUUUAGGAGUACAUUUCCAGCUUAAAGAUUGUUCAUGGGGAUCUAGCUGCGCGAAAUAUUUUAAUUGGCGAAGGUCUAGUGGCCAAGAUAGGUGAUUUUGGCUUGGGACAAGAUGCGUACGAGAAGGGAUACUUACGAUUAAAAGACGGAGAAGUUCCAGUGAAAUGGUACAGUCUGGAAACGCUCACAGAACAGUUUAUGACUCCAAUGAGUGACGUGUGGUCUUUUGGGAUUUUACUUUAUGAAGUAUUUACAUUUGGAAAGUCACCAUACCCCGGCAUUAUAGUAGGGACUUUACCUCAGCUCCUUCAGCGUGGCUAUCGAAUGCAGCGACCAGAGCAAUGUCCUUCCACAGCGUAUAAAAUAAUGAGAUCGUGCUGGCAUGAACAUCCAAGGAAGCGACCAACGUUUACCAUGCUGUAUCAACAACUAGACACCAUCCUGGAGUUCGUUACCAAUGAUUCGGCUUUAUACAUCAAAUUAUCGGGAAUUACUUGUUGCAAGUACCAAACACUGGUAAACAAUGCUACCAAAGCUAUCAGUACAAGCUACAGUAUCAAAAUGCGCUUGCUUGUCCACAAUUAGGGCUGUUUACACUAUGACGAUAACUAUCAACGAUAAAAAGCUGAAAAGCUUCAUAAGAUUAUGACGUCAUUUGAUUUGCGAAAUAUUUUUUGACACAUACACGAUAAAUCGUUAUCGAAUCGUGCUAGUUUGAAAACUUCCCUUAUUUUCUAUAUGAACAAUUGCUUUUUAUCUUUAUCGUCAUAGUGUAAACAGGCAUUAAGACUGAACAGUUCUAUACUCUUUGACUGAACUGUGCGCGCGAGUAGGUCUGACGUAUACAACAGUUUUAGGAUAUAGGCUGUGUUUCCA